AUGGCCAGAACUUCUCAGCAGGUCCCUAGAAGAUCAAAACGUAGGUUGGCAACAGUCAAGAAAGUCACUAGACGUAGUGACGCAUCCUCAAGUUCCAAUACUCCAAGGACUAGACCUGGUGACCCCAUAAGGCCUAGUAAACCGCGAAGAUAUAGACCAGGAACAGUAGCUUUACGUGAAAUUCGACAAUAUCAAAAAACCACUCAUCUUUUAUUAAGAAAGCUACCAUUUUCACGAGUGGUUCGAGAAAUUGCGCUUGAAGUUCUGGGACCUAACUCAGAAAUAGGAUAUAGAUGGCAAUCCACUGCAAUCCUAGCGCUUCAAGAAGCCGCGGAAGCAUAUCUCGUUCACUUAUUUGAGGAUGCAAAUUUAUGUGCAAUUCAUGCAAAACGAGUUACUAUAAUGCAAAAAGACAUCCAACUUGCUCGUAGAAUUCGUGGUGUUUGGGGAGGUCUCGGUUAA